CCUAAAAGACUCCAUGUGCUUCCACCUAACACUGGAUCUGAGUGACUAGAAAACUUCGAAAACUUCAGUGGAUUUUUACCUGUGGAUUGCAGAGAGGUUAGUCUGGGUUCCUCCAGAGUUUGGCCUUUUGGAAUUGCCAGUGGCUGAUACAGAAAGAGUUCAGUAUCCUGGAAUUCCUAAGGAAAGUUGUGAUGGGUAACGCAGUCGGUGGGUUGGAGCAGAUGGAGGGGCAGGAGGCCAAAGGCUCAACAGGAGGGUCAAAUGUUGCUCCCUCCACACCUAAAAAGAAAUGUGCCCCUGCUAAACUACCCAUGCCUCCUGAGGAAGAGCUCGAAGAACGCUUCAGUGUGGUUUUGAGCUCCAUGAAUCUGCCUCCUGACAAGAUGAAGCUUCUGAGUCAGUACGACAAUGAGAAGAAAUGGGAGCUUGUCUGCGAUCAGGAGCGAUUUCAGGUGAGAAACCCUCCCUCGGCUUAUCUGAAUAAAAUCAAGAGCUUCUACCAGGACCAGGGUGGAGUGGCACGCAGGUUCAAGAAACGUGUGCAGGAGUCAACUCAAGUCCUGAGAGAGCUGGAGAUCUCGCUGAGAACCAAUCACGUUGGGUGGGCUCAGGAGUUUCUGAACGAGGAAAACCAAGGCUUGGAUGUCCUGGUGGACUACUUAUCAUAUGCUCAAAGUGAUGUGCCGUUUGAAGUGGAAUCUGUGGAAAACGGUGGUUCUGUAUCAGACAAGAGGAGGUUGUCAGAGAGAUCAGUGGAGGAUCUAGCCAAAAAUGUCAACCAUUCUCCCACACACGGCAUGAAUAGAGCGGCACGUGCACUCACUGUCCGAAUAAGCAACUUGACCCAUGGCAGAAGAACUAUGCGACAUGCCCGAUUGGCCAGCCAAAGAGAUGACGUUCACCUCUGUAUUAUGUGUCUGCGCGCUAUCAUGAAUUAUCAGUCUGGGUUCAAUUUAGUCAUGACUCACCCCAGAUGUGUCAAUGAAAUUACACUCAGUCUCAACAACAAAACCCCCAGGACUAAGGCUCUUGUGCUGGAGCUGUUGGCUGCAGUGUGUCUGGUUAGAGGAGGACAUGACAUCAUCAUCUCGGCCUUUGACAACUUUAAAGAAGUGAGUGGAGAGAAGAACCGCUUUGAGAAGCUAAUGGACUACUUCAUGAAUGACGACAGCAAUAUAGACUUCAUGGUGGCUUGCAUGCAGUUCAUAAACAUUGUGGUCCACUCCGUGGAGAACAUGAACUUCCGUGUGCAUCUUCAGUAUGAGUUCACCCAGCUGGGUCUAGACCAGUACUUAGAGUCCUUAAAGGAGAUGGAGAGUGAGAAGUUGCAAGUACAAAUCCAGGCGUACUUGGAUAAUGUGUUUGAUGUUGGAACUCUGCUGGAGGAUGCAGAAAAUAAAGGGGAAAUAAUGGAGCAUUUAACAGAACUGCAGGAGACCAAUGCACAGCUGAAUGCCAGAUUGCAGGAAUAUGAGAAUGGAGCACUGGAAAAAAUGGCAGAACUAGAACAACAACUAAUGCAGGCCACUAAAGAGUCAGCACUGCUUAAGGAGAGCUUGCGAGAGUCCUGUGCCCAAGUGAGCACUUUGCAGCAGAGAGAACGGGAACGAGAGAUUCAGAGAGAGAGAGAAAGAGAGCAGGAGCGUCUGUCGCAGCCCUCACAGGUGGACAGAGAAAGAAACAGAGAGGUGAGUGGAAAGGAGUCUAAACUAGAGGUGAAGCUGAAGGAACUGGAGGAGAAGGGCUUAGUCCGACUGGAGCGCACAGCCUCUGGAAGCUUGGACAUCGAAGUGAUUCCAGUCACCGUAGAGAAAAUUGUCACUCAAACAGUGACUGUAUCAGAUCCAGCUUCUCAAGCGCCGUCCCCUCCAGUCGCAGCACCGCCUCCACCUCCUCCACUACCUGGUGCUGCAGCUCCCUGGAAACUCUCUUCUCUCUGUCUUGCUCUCAGAUAUGAUCAGCAGUCUCUGAGUCUCGACUUUCUGGAGCUUCUGGAACGUUUCAUCCCAUCGGAGUAUGAGAUGAAGUUACUCCAGAACUACGAGAAGGAAGGGCGGCCACUAGAGGACCUGAGUGAGGAGGACCGUUUCGUGGUCCGCUUUGGUAAAAUCCCACGCCUUGCUCAGCGGAUCAACACCCUCACUUUCAUGGGCAACUUCCCAGAGAGCGUGAAACGUCUGCAGCCGCAAUUAGAUGCAAUCAUUGCAGCUUCCGUGUCCCUCAAAUCUUCAUCAAAGCUGAAGAAGAUGUUAGAGAUCAUCUUGGCCUUUGGGAACUACAUGAACAGCAGUAAAAGAGGAGCAGCGUAUGGGUUCCGUCUGCAGAGCCUUGACCUGCUGUUGGACACUAAGUCCACAGACCGCACACAGACUUUGAUGCACUUCAUUGCAAAUAUGGUGCAGGACAAAUACCCCGAGCUUGCCGGCUUCCACACUGAACUCCGCUUUGUAGACAAGGCUGCUCUGGUGUCUUUGGACAGUGUGCUCCAGGAUGUGAGAUCUCUGGAGAGAGGGAUGGAAGGGACCAAGAAGGAGUUCCUGGUGCAGGACGACAUCCCGGCGCUGAAAGAGUUUGUUAAGGCCAACAGUGACAUAUUAGACUCACUUGUUAAAGAUGGCAAGACAGCACAGGAGGCAUACACGUCUGUAGUGGAGUACUACGGAGAGAAUCCGAAAACGACACAGCCUUCCAUGUUCUUCCCACUCUUCGUCAGGUUUAUCAAAGCUUAUAAGCAAGCAGAACAAGAUAAUGAACAGAAGAAGAAACAAGAGAGUGCAGCAGAAGAACAGACAACCCCUUCCCCAAAGAAGAAAGAUAGCACUCCUCAAAAGGGUCCCAUGAUGCCCAAACUGCCUCAGAUGGAUCUGAUUGCAGAGCUAAAGAAGAGACAGGUGAAGCCCCAAGUCACAGACGGGGCCAUCGAGGACAUUAUAACAGAUUUGAGAAAUUCACCCUACAGAAGAGGUGAUGGUCGGAGAGCAACUCCACGACAAGACAACUGAGAGUUACCUAAAGAGACUUCCCUCCUUCCCACUGGACACUUCUGUAUAUAACACCUGGUCUUAUUCUUUAUAUAAUAAAACGUUUUCAAUCUGUACAGUGAUACAGAAAAUGACUGGCAAACAUACAUACACAUUCACAGAUACACAACAACAGAUGCUGCACACAAACAAAGUCACACUAACAGACACCCAUCAUCACACACGCUUACAUAUGCCCUGAUACAAGUAAUAUAAUUGUAAAUAAGGCAUAAAAAUGAUUUUUGUACCAUCGCAUAUGCUCGUGAAUAUGUAAGCAAUUCCUUGAGCUUGAAUUUUCAUGGUUGUGCCGUGUUUAUAUUGAAAUACAAAUCAUUUGUGCGAUUUCUUAGAUAUUUUAAUAAAACGGUGAAAACAUUGUACAGUAACAAACAUGUUUUAUUUAUUCUGAGAAACCAAAAAAAAAAAAGACAGUAGAAAUAUUGUCAUAGAAGAGAGCUGUACUUUAUUAGACACACAACCACAGCAAUUAUGUACAAAAGGUCUCAGCUCUCAAUGUUUUCUCACAGGAAAAAAUACAAAAUAAAGUCACAUUUCUCACAAAGUUAUCAUGGCAUCCACACUGACAAAUUAAUUUCUUUUUCUUCUGUAUCUAUAGGUGUUUAUAUAUCUUAUUUGUAUAUAGAGUGAUUCUCUGUUGGUAUAUUACUCUACUCUAGAGAUGGGAAGGUCACAGCAUGGGUAAAGGGCUCGCACCAUUACUAGUGCACUGAUGGUCAGAGCUGAAUUUAAUCUGCUCAGUCACUCAGUAAAACACAUUCAGAGCUUGCCACUCAAGUCUGGUUACCACAUCACCACAGAUUACAGUAAGACUGGACAUGCCUGAGCCACAAAGAAAUCAGGCAUAGAAAAAGUCAUUUUUUCCUACUUUGACUCUACAGCUGUGAACCUCAUUUCAGUGCACUUGACCUCACUAUUCUCUCCGUU